AUGAAAAACAAACCGGGAUUACUGCCUAAAUGGUUGUUUAUUUACACAAUGUCUAAGACUAUAUACAUUUUUAUAAAGUACAAGAAUCAUCUCAGCAUCAGUAGACAUCUAGAUUCAGGGUCUAUGCACACAUAUUUUGCACUAGUGCUCGGUGCAACCAGGCUAAUUGCUUCAAGGAAAAUAACUAUGGUAGAGUUCUAUUCCUCAAUAGCAGCAUCAUUCUUGGCUGAGGGAUUGUUUUUUGUGUGCCUGGGAUUCUGUGGGAUAUAUCCUAUUCACAGAGUUCUUGUAGAAACCUUUCUUUCCCUAUUUACCCUUGCAUGGAUGGUAUUUCUAUAUCCGUACUACCUUUUAGAGGAUAGUGAGCCUCCAUCCAAAUCAAAGGAAAAGUCUGUGAAACACCAAUGA